UGGCUCAGCCAUGGAUCCAUGGCCCAGCCAGAGCUGUCGGAGCCUCCGCCAGAGCCACCCUUGGAGCCAGUGCGACGAGUUCGUGACAUCAACGGUCACACGAACAACUCCAAGAAGAGAAGUCUCUUCUGCACCUACGGCAGCUAUGCGAAUUCCAGCGAGGAUUGGUCCAGAAAAAAGCGCUGCUAUUUUUUCGACAGGGGUUGCUGCGUUUACGGCGACUCGUGCACCUUUGAGCAUUCCUCGUCGAAGGAAGGCUCUUCGAAGGAAGCCGACUGCUGCGGCGACGCGGCCAAAGUGCUCGGCAAGCAUUACAAGAAGAACCUGUGCUCACUGUUCAUGCUGCCAGGCUUGGCGUGUCCCUUUACAAGCUCCUUCUGCUGGAAUGCGCACGGCGAGGGCGAGCUGCGCCGUAAGCCCUUAUCUGUGCCGCCAAUGGGCGGCAUCCAACGAGGGACAUUGUUGCGCUGCAUUGGCUAUGGCCUGAGUGACGUGGACUCUGCCGAGGUGUGGCAGUCACCUGCAAAGUGGCAGAUCCUCAGCAAAGUGAAGGUGGGUGAUUCCGUGCUAGCAGACGGCAUGCCCAUCCUUUCGCAUGGCUACAUGAUGGUGCCAAUUCAGCCUGAUGGUGCUGUGGAACUUCGUUACUUCCGCGAAGCUGCAGAUGAGAAGGGUUUCACACAAGAUCUUCCGAUCACCGACUCGCACAUCCACUUGGAAGAGGUGCUGCGAACGAGGCGGUUCGGCUUUGCCUGGUAUGCAAAGACGCUGCGGUGUGGCUACCUCCCGGACUGCAGGAUCCCACGCUGCCUUUAUGCACACGAAAACGAGAAGCUCUUUCCAGUGCCUGCCCUGCGAAGUGGGGACCUCAAAGAGCUCAUCGAGGACAUCCAGCGCUUGCAAGGUGCCAGAAUCGUCGGCAUUGUCCAGAGUUGCUGCGGAGUGGAAACCAUUGAGGACACACUGAAGCUGGUGCAGUGGGGCAAGGAGAUGCUGGGGGGGCGAAUAUUUGCGACUUUCGGCAUCCAUCCAAAUGACUUCGAGUCAUUCUCCACGAAGGUGCAGGCCAAGCUCGAAGCUGCCCUGGACUCCUGCGGCGAGCAGGGAGUGGGCUGGGGCGAAUGCGGUCUGGAUUUCAACAAGAGGGCCGAUGAGUUUAAAGCUGCGCCGCAGAUGCAAGAGCAAAUGCAACAGGUUUUCAUCCAUCAGAUCAAAGUCGCUGUGAAGAGGGGGAUUCCGCUGGUGGUUCAUUCCAGAGAUGCAGAGGAGGAAGUUUUUCACAUCCUGGAUGCACACGUUCCUCCUGAUCAUUUCGUGCAGCUCCACUCCUUCAUGGGCCCACCGUCCAUGCUCUUACCCUUCUUAUCCAAGCGACCCAACACAUUCGUGAGCGUGCCUGGGGCGAUAAGCUGGGGAAUGCAAGGGCAGCAGCCCGGAGGGGAAGCCCUCCACGAGCUGGCCAAAGCACUGCCGAUGGAGCGCCUUCUGUUGGAGACAGACGGGCCCUACAUGGCACCGGCUCCCUACCGCGGCCAGGAGUCCCACCCGGGCCACGUCCCGUGGGUCGCCUAUGCAUUGGCUAUGGUCAAAGGCGUUAAAACCAAAGAGGUGCUGGAGGCGGCCAGCAGAAACUUCUGUCGCUUCUUCGGGCUGCAAUGGGCUGGAGAAAAGGACUCCUGGUUCUGCCUGAAGGUCGAGCAGUACUUCUCGCUUUAUGCUGUCUUUGAUGGCCAUGGCUCCAAAGGUCAUAAGGUUUCGCAGUUUGUCAAAGACAACCUGCCAAAGCUGAUCCUCAUGGACGAGCGCUUCGGAAAGGGGUCAGCUGAACUGCCGGAGAUGCUGAAGGAGAACUUCCAGCGGACACAAGAUCUGAUUGUUGCCUCCGACAAGCUCGGCAAAUUAUCUGCCUCAUUGUCGGGUACGACAGCAACCUUGGUGGUACACAACCACGAGAGCAAAGAGAUUACUGUUGCCCAUGUGGCUGACAGCUCCUCCGUGCUGGGCCGGAGAAAGGGAACGGAGGACUUUGAGGCUGUGCAGCUCACCCGAGACCACAAACCCAACCUCAAGGACGAGAAGGCUCGCAUUGAGAAGGCAGGUGGCACUGUUGUCUUUGACGGCUAUGCCAACCACAGGAUCUAUGCGAGGAAUGCCCGCCACCCAGGGCUAAACAUGUCGCGUUGCCUGGGCGACCUCUUGGGCCACCAGACGUGCGGCAUCUCCGCUGUUCCUGAGGUCACGCAGCGAACGCUGGAUCCCGAAGACGAGAUUCUGCUGCUGUGCAGCGAUGGUGUUUGGGAGUUCAUGGCUCCCCUCGAGGCUGUGAAGCUUUGCGGCGCCUAUGCUCCAGAACAAGCCAUGCAGGCUGCAGAUGCCCUGGCAAAGGAGUCCUGGGAUCGAUGGAUCGAGGAAGAGGGGGGUACGGUGGUGGAUGACAUUACUGUCGUACUUGUCUACCUAAAGUAG